GUGGAAAUAUAAUAUAAUUACAUUACACAAAACCAACGUAUUUAAGAUUGUUGAACUUGAAGAGAGACACAUAGAAAGAGUGAGAUAAACAGUGAACAAGUGUAUUAGAGAAAAUUGACAGCAAUGGAAGGUAGUGUCGGAGUUGAACGACCAUUGAAACUUUACUUGCUUCCAUUUCUAUCACCUGGUCAUAUGAUUCCUUUGGGUGACAUAGCAACUCUGUUUGCAUCCCAUGGCCAACAAGUCACGAUCAUCACCACUCCCUCCAAUGCUCAUUUCUUUACCAAAUCUCUCUCCUCCGUCGAUCCGUUUUUCCUCCGCCUUCACACCGUCGAUUUCCCCUCCCAGCAAGUCGGCCUCCCAGAUGGUGUUGAAUCAUUGUCCUCCAACAUUGACACCGACACCACCCACAAGAUAUAUGUAGGAUCAAUGCUCCUCCAUGGACCCAUCAAAGAAUUCAUAGAGAAGGAUCCACCUGACUACAUCAUAGGUGACUGUGUAUUCCCUUGGAUUCAUGACUUGGCCAAUAAGCCUCAUAUUUCCACCCUUGCCUUCACCGGAUACUCACUCUUUAGUGUCUCCCUUAUAGAAGCCCUUAGAGUACACCGUUCAAAUUCUCACACGAAUUCGGAUUCAAGUUCAUUCGUUGUUCCAAAUUUUCCUCAUUCUAUCACCUUUAACUCAGGACCACCAAAGACAUUCAUCGAGUUCGAGGAAGGGAUGCUUAAGACAAUCAUCAAAAGCAAGGGACUCAUCAUUAACAACUUUGUAGAACUUGAUGGUGAAGAUUGCAUCAAACACUACGAGAAAACCAUGGGUCAUAAGGCUUGGCAUCUUGGUCCAGCUUGUCUUAUUCACGAAUCUGUUCAAGAGAAAGCUGAGAGGGGGAAUGAGAGUGUGGUUAGCAUGCAUGAAUGUCUAAGGUGGCUCAACUCAAAGCGAGAUAAUUCAGUGUUGUACAUAUGUUUUGGGAGCAUAUGUUAUUUCUCCGAUAAACAACUUUAUGAGAUUGCGCGUGGAAUAGAAAAUGCGGGUCACGAAUUUGUAUGGGUUGUUCCUGAGAAGAAAGGGAAAGAAGAUGAGAGUGAAGAGGAGAAAGAAAAGUGGUUACCGAAAGGAUUUGAAGAGAGAAACAUCAAAAAUAAGAAAGGUUUGAUUAUUAGGGGAUGGGCCCCACAAGUUAUGAUUCUGAGCCACAAUGGUGUGGGUGCAUUCAUGACACAUUGCGGGUGGAACUCUACUGUGGAGGCUGUUAGCGCAGGGAUUCCGAUGAUCACGUGGCCAAUGCGAGGAGAACAAUUUUAUAAUGAGAAACUGAUAACUGUUGUGUGCAAGAUUGGGGUGGAGGUGGGUGCAACAGAGUGGUCUCUACAUAGUUUUCAAGAGAAAGAGAAAAUGGUGAGUAGAGAUAGUAUUGAAAAGGCUGUGAGGAGGUUGUUAGACGAUGGUGAUGAAGCUAAUGAAAUCAGACAACGUGCUCAAGAGUUUGGGAGAAAGGCUACGCAUGCUAUUCAAGAAGGUGGAUCGUCUCAUAACAAUUUGUUGACUUUGAUUGAUGAUCUUAAAAGAUUGAGAGCCGGCAAACCAGUUAAUUAAUUCAAAUCAUAUUAUGGGGUGUAUUCUAUUAGGAUUCUAAAUGAAUUUAAAAGUCUUUUUUAUUAAAAAAAAAAAGUUUUGGGAUGUUCAAUUAAGACUUUUACUUAAUCUAAAUAAUUUUUUUGGUAUUCAACUAAAA